UCCCGAAGCUUCUCUGCCAAGUGAUAUUUGCAUCUUCUCGACGGCGGUGAUAGAAAAAAGCUUUGUUCGGUGGAGUAGAGUCAUCGCGCACGAGGAGCCAAACAGGGCUCUCUGAAAUGUAUAUGAUCUUCAAGCUCCUGAUCAUCGGCGGCGAGAUUGUUGAAGAAGAAGGCGAGUGGGAGAAAGAAAGAUAAUUUUCAAACAGAAAUCGAGGAUCGUUGCUGCAAAAUCUUUUCGCCAAGUUUUCGAGGAAUUCGGUUCGGAUUACUGCCAAAUUCUCUCCAGAUCAUCUCCUAAAUAGCGUAAAUUUCGGAAGAGCGGUUAGGGUUUGGAGUUCACCGAGAAUGGCUGCGAAGACGAUGAUGAUGAGGAAGGAGGCGACAGCGCAGGGGAACGGAGCGGCGGUUCAGCCGCCGCCGCCGACGGCGGCGAAGAUGAACGAAGUGAUGUUCGCGAAAUGCGAGUGCUGCGGACUGACAGAAGAGUGCACGGAGGCGUACGUAGCGAAGGUCCGAGAGCGGAACCAAGGGCGGUGGAUAUGCGGGCUGUGCGCGGAGGCGGUGAAGGACGAGAUGGCGAGGUCGUCGUCGGAGCGGCGUAUUGGCAGCGAAGAGGCUCUGAACCGCCACAUGACAUUCUGCAAAAAAUUCAAAGCUCAGAGGCCGCCGCCGAGCCCGACGGAGGACCUCAUCCUGGCCGUGAAGCAGCUGCUGCUGCGGAGCCUGGAUUCGCCGCGAUCAAGCCCUGUGAAAAAGCAAGGUUUGCUUCGAUCUCAGAGCUGCUUUUCCUCCAUUGAUGGAUAGAUGAAGAAUUUAUUGAAUUUUUCACCAAUCAUAUCCCUAUCCCCGCCCCUAUUUAAUUUCUUCAAUCUAUCACUAUUCACUACUCUUUCAAUAAUAAAUCUGCUAUUCAAUUCCCAUCCGUACUAUAUAUAUAUAUAUAUAUAUAUGUCGGUGCCACACAACAUGAACAAAUUAAACUUUACUGCAUAUAUAUUGAUGAAUGGUUCAUUAGAAUGUAGUAGUAAAUACAUGUUAA